CAAGAAGAAAAUACAAAGAAAAUACAAAGCUAUACUAUGCAACAAAACCAUGACAACAGACAUGAAAAAUGGAUGAAACGUUCUCAACAGUUAUCUCUCUCAAUCUCAGUGACUCUACCGCGAGCGAAAUCCCCAAUGGAUCACAAAACUUUGGACUCCAUUACUGUGAUCGACAUCAAAGCUCUCGGGAUUGCUUCUGAAGUUGCCGAGAAACUCCAUGGACUUCUUACAGAAAUCAUACAAAGCUACGGUAAUGGCACUCCUGAGACUUGGAGCCAUAUCUCCAAGCGAGUUCUUAGCCCUGAACUUCCUUUCUCCUUCCACCAGAUGAUGUAUUACGGAUGUUACAAACACUAUGGUCCUGACCCGCCUGCUUGGAUUCCCGAGCCGAAGAAUGCGGCGUUCACCAAUGUUGGCCAGCUAUUAGAGAGGCGAGGAAAGGAGUUUUUGGGGUCAAAUUAUAGAGACCCGUUAUCAAGUUUCUCUUCUUUUCAGGAGUUUUCAGUCUCAAACCCCGAGGUUUAUUGGAGAACUGUGCUAGAUGAGAUGCACAUAACAUUUUCUAGACCUCCAAAAUGUAUCUUGCAAAGGAAUGGAUCUCCAGAAAGCCAGUCUCCAAGUCCUGGUGGUCGAUGGCUUCCUGGAGCAGUAUUUAAUCCAGCUAAGGACUGCUUGUCUUUAAAUAAGAACAGGAGUUUAGAUGAUGUAGCAAUCAUUUGGCGUGAUGAAGGAUGUGAUAACCUGCCUGUGAAGAGAUUGACAGUUGGAGAAUUGCGUACAGACGUUUGGUUAAUUGCACAUGCUCUUCACUCAUUAGGUUUCGAAAAAGGAACUGCAAUAGCAAUUGACAUGCCAAUGAAUGUUAAUUCUGUGGUCAUCUAUCUUGCCAUAGUUCUGGCUGGUCAUGUGGUUGUAUGCAUAGCCGAUAGUUUUGCUGCACAUGAAAUAUCAACAAGACUCAAUAUAUCAAAAGCAAAAGCUAUAUUUACUCAGGACCUUAUCAUUCGUGGAGAUAAAAGCAUACCCUUGUAUAGUCGAGUUGUAGAUGCUCAGUCACCUCUGGCGAUUGUAAUUCCCACCAAGAGCACUGGUUUUAGCAUGAAACUAAGAGAUGAAGAUAUUUCUUGGCAUGAUUUUCUGGAGAGAGUCAAAGAUUUGAGAGGAGUGGAAUUUGCUGCUGUGGAACAAUCGGUGGAAUCAUUUACAAAUAUUCUUUUCUCAUCUGGAACUACAGGAGAGUCAAAAGCAAUUCCAUGGACGCUCGUAACACCUUUGAAAGCUGCAGCUGAUGCAUGGUGCCACAUGGACUUUCAUAAAGGUGAUGUUGUUGCUUGGCCCACUAAUCUUGGAUGGAUGAUGGGUCCGUGGGUAGUUUAUGCUUCAUUAUUGAAUAGUGCUUCACUGGCAUUAUACAAUGGAUCCCCACUUGGUUUUGGAUUCGUUAAAUUCGUACAGGAUGCUAAAGUAACAAUGCUUGGAAUAAUUCCAAGUAUUGUCCGGUCAUGGAAAAGUACAAACUGCACAUCUGGGUGUGAUUGGUCUUCAAUCCGUUGUUUUUCCUCCACUGGUGAAACAUCUACUGUAGAUGAAUACCUAUGGCUAAUGGGAAGAGCUGGCUAUAAACCUGUAAUUGAAGUUUGUGGUGGGACAGAGAUUGGUGGUGCAUUUGUUGCAGGAUCACUCUUACAGGCUCAGGCAUUGUCUGCUUUUAGCACACCGGGAAUGGGGUGCAGUCUUUUUAUUCUUGGCAAUGAUGGUCUUCCUAUCCCACAGAAUAUGCCAGGAAUUGGUGAAUUGGCACUUGGACCUUUACUGUUUGGGGCUUCAAGUACUCUCUUGAAUGCAGACCAUUAUGAUGUCUAUUUUAAGGGAAUGCCCUGUUGGAACGGAAUGGUAUUGAGAAGGCAUGGAGAUGUGUUUGAGCGUUCUUCUCGAGGAUAUUAUCGGGCACAUGGUCGUGCCGAUGAUACAAUGAAUCUUGGAGGCAUAAAGGUGAGUUCAAUCGAGAUUGAACGUGUCUGCAAUAUGGUCGAUGACAGCAUCCUUGAAACGGCCGCCAUUGGGGUAUCGCCACAGGGCGGUGGCCCUGAACAGUUGGUGAUUGCAAUUGUAUACAAGAAUCCAAGUGAAACUAGCUUGGAUUUAAAUAAGUUAAAGUUGUCUUUAAAUUCAUCUCUGCAGAAGAACCUCAAUCCAUUGUUCAGGGUUCACCGUGUGGUUCCUUACCGGUCUCUUCCAAGGACUGCAACAAAUAAGGUUAUGAGAAGGAUAUUGAGACAGCAACUUGCUGUAGAACACAGAACAAAGCUCUGAACAGACCUUGAAAGACUCUGAGUUAGCAGAUAAGAUGUUAAAAGGCCACAUUUAAUAACGUUUUGGUUUUAUGUAUUCUGUUUCUUGUCUUUGAAGAACUAGAAUGAGAAUAUGUUUAGUAA